AUGUGGGACCAGGAGAUCCGGGCCAUGGGGUCGUGCCACGCUCUGCUCGCCGCCUCGGUCCUCUUGUCCACGGUAGUUCCCGCGGUGCUGGUCCCUGGCUUCUCCGUGUAUGGGACUCACCUGGUCUGGAUCUACUGCUUGUCCUCGGCGGUCACAGGGGUCAGCGCGGUGGUCUUCUGGCUCCUGGGACUAGCACCUCCGGCUAGAAAACACACAUUGGGAUACAAGCUGUCGAGGUUGUUUCGCUGCUGUCUCUACUUCUUCCUCUCGUGCCUGUUUUUCCACACGGUGCUGGUUCUGUACGGAGCGCCGCUAAUCGAAUCUGCAUUAGAAACCUUUUCCCUGGCCGUGCUGCUGUCCUCGCUGACCACAGUGAGGUGUCUUUGUGUCCUCGGUCCAAACGUCCAGGCCUGGAUCAGAGUCUUCAGUCGACACGGGGCGAUGUCAGUGUGGGACACGUGUUUGCAGAUCACUGUGGCCUGUACACUGGUGGGGGCCUGGUUUGGAGCCUUCCCCAUUCCUCUGGACUGGGACCGGCCCUGGCAGGUCUGGCCCGUGUCCUGUAGUUUCGGUGCCACGUUUGGUUUUCUGACCGGACUCCUCGCCGCCCCCACCUGGAUCCACUAUCACCGCAAACAGCUCACUUAUAAAUGCAAGUGA